CAAAACCUAGGGCCAGCACAUAUAGGCAAAGGCAGGUGGAGCUCUGUGAAUCUGAGGCUAGCCUGGUCUACAAAGUGGGUCUAGUAAAGCCAAAGCUACACAGAGAACCUCUGUCUUAAAAAAUAAAGAAAGAAAUAAACAAAACACCUAUGGCCUGUAGGAAAGAGUAGAAGGUGGGACAUCCAGCAGGCAGAAAGGAUUCUGGAAUAGAGCUAGGCUAUGAAGAUUCUCCUGGAGAAGAGGUGAGGAGGACAGAUACAUGGUACCUGAGCACAGGUAGCCAGCCAUGUGGCAGAAUUUAGAUUAGAAUAAAUGGGUUAUUUUAAGUUAGGAGCCUGGUGGAGUCUAGCUAUGUGGCCUAUGUAUUUGUAACUACAUUUUGAGUCAGGAGUCAUUAUUCUGGGAGCUUGGGGCUGGGAAAGAAAAACCACAACAGUUCAGAGACUUCUGUAACUCCAGUUCCCAUGCCCUGUCUGGUCUUUGCAGGCACCAGGCAUGCAUGCGACAGAGAUAUACAUGCCAACAACACACACACACACACACACACACACACACAGCCUACAUUUGCUACUUUGUGGGUUCUUUUACUCUGGUUCAGCCUUCUCCAUUAUUAACCUCCUGACACUAGAAUGAAGAGAAAAAGGAUGAAGGGCAAAGGGGGACCUUUAUGGUCAGACUGCUUCCUGCUGACUAGAGGUGUUGAGUUCCUGAGUUCUCUUGGGCAAGUCUGAUCUUUGCCAUCAGGAUAUCUUCUUUCUUGUUCUUGUUUCUUUGCUUACUACUACUUGACAAACCACAAGCAACAGCAGCCAACCACCAACCAGCCACCAGCAGCAACCCUGCCUCUCCAGGACCUAGCAUUCUGAAAAGUUCCCAGACUUCCAAAUGUCACAUUUGCAGAAACUAUCUGCAGCUGGCAAAAUCAGGGAGGCAGAUGUAGGUGGAUCGCAGUGAGUUCGAGGCCAGCCUGGCCUAAGGAGUGAGUUCCAGGACAGCCAAAAUUACAGAGAAACCCUGUCUCGAAACACCAAACAACACCAAACCAAAAACAAACAAACAAAAAAAAAACAAACUUUGUCUUUUCCUGGUGUCCAAAGUGAUGACUUUUCCCCCAGCACCAGAGCUCUCUCAUGAGCUGGUGUAAUUAACUAUCGAAGGGUCACCAAGCAAAGGGGCUUUGAACCAUGGGCUACUUUCAAUCCAGUCAGGGAGACGCUGAACAGAAUGUUAGAGUGAGGUCCUCCUGGGGCCAGUCCCUAACUGCCUUAACUUCUCUGUCUCCUUUAAUUCCCAGGGAGAGGUAAAUUCCAAUUUCUUGGGGUCCAUUGUGUCACUAGCCUGAUGGACAAAGUGAAGGUGUAUUUAAAUGCCUUCUUCCCUGGGGCCUGCAGAGAUGGUCCAGCCCUUUAGAACACUUGUCACUCUGCACUCAGUUUCAGUUCCCAGAACCCAGACGUCAGCUCACAAUCAUUGGUGAAUGCCAGCUCUAGGGGCUAAGGUAUCUUCUUCUAACCUUGUACACACGUGUAGGCAAACACUCAGACACAUAGAUCUAAAAAACAAAAAAGAAAAGAAAAGAAAAAAGAGAAAGAGAAUCUUCCCUGCCUGGCAAGCAGGAACAGUAAAGCAGAGUUCUCAACUUAUGGGUCAUGACCCACAAAUCAUAUAUUUACAUUACAAUUCAUAACAGCAGCAAAAACACACCUAUAAAGCAGCAAAGAAAAUUAUUUUAUAGUUGGGGUCAACACAACAUGAAAAACUGUAUUAAAGGAUCACAGGAAGGCUGAGAAUCACUGUAAAACUUUUUAUACUAUUCUGUAUUCUUCUGCUACCUCCAAACUUCGAUUCUCAGAUGAGCUACAUGAACUGCUCCCCACAAAGGUGUGGCCAUAGGGAUUGGGUUUGUUUUGUUUUGUUCAAGGUAGGGUUUCUCUGUGUAGCAUGGCUGUCCUUGACAACCAGGUUGGCCUCUAACUCACAGAGAUCGGCCUACCUCUGCCUUCCUGGGUGCUGGGAUUACAUUCGUGGGCCACCGAGCCCGGCUGAUGGGGGUUUUGUAUAGGUUCUUUGCCUGGCUGUAUGUCUGAUCACUGUGAGCAUGAGUGUGACUGGUGCUACAAAAGCCAGAUAAAGCUGUUGGAUCCUCCAGGAGUUACAAACAGUUGUGAGCAACAAUAUGGGUGCUGGGAAUUGAACUAUGGUCCUCUGGAAGAGCAGCCAGUGCUCUGAACCAGUGAGCCAUCUCUCCAACUACUAUAGAAAUGUUUUUUUGGUUUUUGCCUUGUUUGUUUUUUAAAUAAGAAACAUAGCUGGGAGUGGUGGUGCACGUCUGUAAUCCCAGCACUCAGGGAAGACAGCGCCAGGCGGAUCUCUGUUGAGUUCAAGACCAGCCUAGUCUACUAAAUGAGUCCAGGACAGCUCGAAAGGAACAAGCAGCAAGCAAGCAAACAAACAGAAACAAGAAGUCAAGAAAGCAGCAUAGAUCUGUAGCCUAAAGUAAGGGGGACCCAACAAGGACAGUGGCGGGGACACAGAAACUGGCACCAGAAGGCGCGGGGCACUUUAAACGAGGCAGGCACAGCUGGGCACUCCCGUUCUCUCGCGGCCACAGUGACGAGCCAAAGGACUGCUGUAGCUUCGGGGCCAUUUUUCCCAUUCCUCCUCUGUCUCAAGCGGCACCUGGAAGUCCUGCAGUCUCUGAACGUUGCUCAAAAGUUUCCGGGCCCCACCUUCUUCAUCACCGUGCACAGCACCACAGAAGGCCUUUGCCUCCAAGAGGCAACCAAAGGAGGCUUGGAAUCUGCCAUCCCGCUGGAUGGUCCCAUAUAAAUGCUUCGACUUUUCUCUUUGUGGUCCUGAGAGAUACCCGGGUGACAUAGACUGGAUUCGAACGCAAAACUGGACCACGGUGCAACCACGCUGGGCACCUUAAUACCUCCCAGAUCUCAGCGUCCCCUUCUCUGACGUACAGAAGGGGGCUCAACACACCCGCACAGCCUUCACCACCUAGCACUUCAGCCGAGCCCAGGGCCCCUACCCGGAAGGUCCGCCCCACCCGAGACCCCGCCGGGCGUGCUCGCAGCGAGCGGUGCAUUGUGGGGCUUGUAGUGUGGCGGGGUCGCGCGGGUGGGCGCGGCCACAGCACCAUCUUCCGAGGCAGGCCAGUCGGUCUUGCGCCCGGCCCAGCCACGCUCCCUGGCCUAAUGGCGCCGCGGCCCCUGGGCCCGUUGGUGCUGGCCCUGGGUGGCGCGGCGGCCGUGCUCGGCUCGGUGCUCUUUAUCCUCUGGAAAGCUUACUUCGGCCGCGGCCGGGAGCGGCGCUGGGACCGGGGCGAGGCCUGGUGGGGCGCGGAAGCCGCCCGCCUCCCUCCGUGGGACGAGUGGGAGCCCGAGCACGACGAAGAUGAGCCGGCACUGGAGGAGCUGGAGCAGCGAGAAGUGCUGGUGCUGGGCUUGGAUGGCUCUGGGAAAAGCACCUUUCUGCGCAUGCUUUCUGGGAAGCCACCUCUGGAAGGCCACGUCCCCACCUGGGGCUUCAACUCUGUGAGGCUGCCCACCAAGAAUUUCGAGGUGGACCUGUUAGAGAUUGGUGGCAGCCAGAACCUUCGCUUCUACUGGAAGGAGUUUGUGAAUGAGGUGGACGUGCUGGUGUUCAUGGUGGACUCGGCUGAUCGGCGAAGGUUGCCCUGGGCUCGGCAGGAGCUGCAGAAACUGCUGGACAAGGACCCUGAUCUGCCUGUCAUUGUAGUGGCCAACAAGCAGCAGCGAAAAGGAGUCUCCAACUUCCCUGUGCUGCUAUACCUGGACGGUGAUUAUCAAGACACUACCAUGGAUUUCCUCAAGGUGCGGAGCUGCUCUUUCUGUCCACCCCACAAACCCAGAGGCACAGGGCCACCAAGGACAACGGUGUAAACUGGAGUGUCACCAGCUUUCUGAGCUCUGCUACCACCAGAAAAUCUCGUCCUGUUGUGUUAUGCCCAUCUGAAGUGGAAGGUCUGAAUUUUGAAACCUAGAGCUGCAGUGCUCCACCCACAUACCUUACUGCUCCACGUGAAGGGGAAACCGGGGCCAUAGCGACAACAGCUGCACUUUUAAAACAAACAGGUAGAACCAGCACUGUAAAAGUAACUUUUAUUCUCCUGAGAACUUGUCUUGGAGGCUUACUUCCUCCAUCUGCAAACCUAGGCCUAGAAGCUUCUAGCCUCUGUAAUACCUAAUCUAGGCCUAGAUUGUUUUCAGCCUGAGACUUACUACUGAAUAAGCUCACCCUUUCUAGCUCCUUCUGAACUGGCUGGCUGGUUCAGCUCAGCUGUUGUGGCUCAAACUCUUCUCCAAGCUGACUGAUUCAUCCUGGCUUCUCUCAGUUUCUCAAUGAAUACUCUGCUUGUUCUCAAAUUAACACUACAGAUCUGUUCUAAUCUUCUGGCUCCUUCUCAUUGUUUGGCUUGUUCUGUCUUUACUUGUGUCUAGCUUGUUCUCUCUUCAACCUCUCUCUGAAAAACUCUCCCAGUAAAACUCCCUCUGAAUUCCAUGAACUGAAUUCUCAUAAACUCAACUCCACUGCCUCUCAACUCACUGACCCAACCAAAGCUGCAUAAACAGCACUGAACAGAACUAAGAGAUCUGCAUGCCUCUGUCACCUGAGUGCUGGGAUUAAAGGCCAUGCCUGCACUGAAUCUUUUUUUUUUUAACCUGAAAGUUGUUCUGUACCAGGUUGGUCUUAACUCAAGAGGUCUGCUUGACUCUUGUCUCCUGGGACAAGGCAUGUCUGUAUUACAGCCAGAAUAGCCAUUUGCUGCAUUAAAUCUUUUCUAUACAGCACUUAGGAAGCUAAAGCAAGAGGACCUCAAGUUCACCACUAGUUUCAGCUAUAUAACAAGAGUCUGCCCAAACAAACAAAACCCACCAAUAAAGGAAAACUAAAAGCCAGAUAAAUUGAGUACAGCUCAGUAGCAGAGCAUGCUUUCCCAGCACAAAAAAGAUCCUGGAUUCAACCUCCAGCACAGCUAGGAGAAAAGAGAUAAGCAAAUGGGCAAAAUACAGAAAUGACAUAGUCACUGAAUUUUCUUACAGUCAGAAUCAUCUUUGGCCUGGUUGUUAGGCAGUCUCAGCUUGUAAAACCAAAGUUCGGGGAUGUAUUAUGUAGCAGUAUGAAUAUUCUCAACAUGCCUCUGCUGUACUUUUAUUUUUGCUUUUCAAGACAGGGUUUCUCUCUGUAGCCCUGGCUGUCCUGGAACUAGCUCUGUAGACAAGGCUGACCUCAAACCCAGAGACCCGAAUGCCUUUGCCUAAUGCUGGGAUUAAAGGCAUGGGCCGCCACCAUCACCGGACAGAACUUUUUAAAAGGGCCAAGAAGGUAAAUUCUUUGUAGUUGUUUAGCUACAAUUUAAAACAAAAACAAAACAUCCAAACAAAAAUAAAACAUGCAAACAAAAAUUCUUGAAGGGCAUGAUGGCAUGUGCCUUUAAUCACAGAACUUAAGAGACAGAGGAAGGUGGAUGAUCUCUACGUGAGUUCAAGGCCAGCCACAGCAGCACAGACCCUCCUAGAGAAAAACAACAAUGAAAAUAAACAACAACAAAACCCCAAACAGUUAUCUUACCAUAUUAAGUACAUGUGGCUUUACACAGUAGAGUACAGCAAUUCUUUUCCCUCUACAUUGAACUGUGUAAAAAAAAAAUUUUUUUUUGUUUUUUUUGUUUUUUGUUUUUUUUUUUGAGACAGGGUUUCUCUUGUAGUCCUGGCUGUCCUGGAUUUGUUUUGUAAACCAAACUGGCCUUGAACUCACAAAGAACCGCCUGCCUCUGCCUCCCAAGUGCUGGGAUUAAAGGCAUGCAUGACCACCACACACAGCUCUGUGUUAAAAUUGUUAUGUGAAUCAGCUAACGAUAAGCUAAAAAGACAGAACUCAAGUAAUUUCAUAUCAAACAUCUGUCUAUUCAAAUCAGGAGAUGUGAAACAAACAAACAAACAACAACAACAAAAACCCACCAGAAUGGAGGUAGCUAAAAGGUUAGUGUAUGUGUAGCACUCAUGAGGUCACUCACCAUUUAC